GCCCGACACAAUACAUUUAUGUGCUGCCUUCACUAUCGACUGCUCACUUUCCCUUGUUCACCUGUACCAACUCGACCUCGAAACACCCUGUCUAUACUCUUACCCUCCUACUGCGUUUUCGUACGAGUAAACGCCCUCAUCCCGCCUCUGCUAUCGUUUCCUCUUCACACACAUGCCUGCCAUGGCUCCUUCGAUAUGGAGGAUACUUGGUGCCGCAAGUUUUCUGCUGCAAACCGUGCCAUCAGCAGCACAGACAUACACAAAUUGCAACCCGCUCACACAAGGAGGAUGCCCUGCAGACUCUGCGCUAGGCCGGACGGUGAACAUUGACUUCACCAGCGGUGCGUCAGAUAGCUUCACGCCACAAGGCAACCCAACCUACGACUCCAACGGGGUGUCCUUCACCGUUGCAAAAUCUGGCGACUCUCCGCAACUCACGUCGAAAUGGUACAUCAUGUUCGGCAAAGUGUCGGUGACGCUAAAGGCCGCGCCGGGCACUGGUAUCGUGAGUAGCGUGGUGCUUCAGAGCGACUGUCUCGACGAGAUCGACUGGGAGUGGCUUGGGAAGGACGGCAACCAAGUGCAGACCAACUACUUUGGAAAAGGCAUCACAGGGAGCUAUAACCGUGGCGCAUUCCAGUCGAACCCGGGCAAUCAGGAUGGUUUCAUAACCUACACGGUCGAGUGGACUUCGGAGCAGAUUGUCUGGCAGAUUAGCGGGCAGACGGUGCGCGUGCUUACGGCUUCCGCUGCGGAGCCAGGCCAGUACCCUCAGACGCCGAUGCAAGUCAAGAUGGGAGCGUGGAGCGGUGGUGAUCCUUCUAACUCGCAAGGCACGAUCGAGUGGGCUGGCGGAUACACAGACUAUUCUGCGGGGCCGUACACGAUGCAAGUGAAGUCAAUCACGGUGGAAGACUAUUCCACCGGCACUCAAUACGAGUAUGUUGGCACGAGUGGAGAUUGGCAGGACAUUAAGGCGGUCGGCGGUAGCGUCUAUUCUGGCGCUGGCUCAGGGACAGAUUCAGCCGCACCAGCCGUCACAUCCGUGUCGACUGGCCAGCCAAUACCCUUCGAAGGCACCCAUCGCUCCGACUCUACUUAUUCAACACCUUCCGUCUACCCCUGGGUUCCUCUUGCGUCUACUUUGUCGACCGAGACUGCGACGUAUACAAAUUAUCCAGGCCUUCCCAGCGGUUGGACGGUCACCAGCUCAGGCAAGGUCGUGCCGCCGAGUUCGGCUCCUUCUCCGUACCCAGACGUCUCAUCUACCUCAUUUGUGCAGCCUUUGCCGCAGGCAUCCUCCUCGCAGGUUGGCUCUGAAGAAGCAUACCCCACCAUGAUGAUCACUGCUCGGACUCUUACGUGGGAUUCCAUCCCAAUUUCAACCCCUGCAUACCAGUCCACCUCCUACGCCGAGAGCUGGAAACCGCCCAUCUCACCAGGUUAUUCUUACACUUAUUCUUAUCUAACCCCGCAAGUGUCUGACACCAGCGCUCUCCCGUCGACAUUGGCGUACGACACCUCUGCCCCAUCGUCGACUGCUGUCGUCCAUGAGACAACCUUCUCAACCGUUCCCCAGGCCACGUCGACGUCAUCCACGCUGGCGGUUCCUGUACAAACAGCUUCUUUCGCAUAUUCGGCGCGCAGGUCAUCUAUAUACCCAGCAGCUCUGCUCGCAUUUGGCAUGGUUGCCAGUCUGUUCAUCCUCUGAAUCGAUACGGACCUUUAGAAUUCCUAUCAUAUCUAUCAUCAUUAUCAACUGUAGGCACUCAUGUCGGGCGCGCAGGGAUGUGCCAGCUUUGUAUAGGCAUAGCGUCGGCGUUUUGAUCUAUCUCAUUUGUAAGAAGGAAGCAUGAUAUAUCGGGUAAUGGAUCAUAGCAUAGUUGUUAUGACAAGUCACUAAUCGACUGGAAAAAUGUUAAAGAAAAACUAGGAUAGCAGUACAAGUAAACAACACAGUGUGUACACGCGCAGA